CGCCAGUCCUGCCACUCGCCGGCCAGCCACAGGUGGGAAAGAGAAGGAGCUGUCCCCGGGAUGGUCGCCCUGUAGAGCAGCGCCCUUGCGCCGCUGGCGUGGAAGCCCAGGAGCAGGGCUCCGGGAAGGGGAAGUCGCCUCUGAAACCUGACACCCACCCUUCGCGCACAGGAAACUUCGCGGGCUGGACCAACAAGACCAUCACUAUGACCGAUGGGGACUAUGACUAUCUGAUCAAACUCCUGGCCCUCGGAGAUUCAGGGGUGGGAAAGACGACGUUUCUUUAUCGAUACACAGACAAUAAAUUCAAUCCCAAGUUCAUCACAACAGUAGGAAUAGACUUUCGGGAAAAACGUGUGGUGUGUAACACGCACGGGCCGAAUGGAUCAGCAGGGAAGGCGUCCAAGGUGCACCUCCAACUCUGGGACACUGCAGGACAGGAGCGAUUCCGGAGCCUCACAACCGCAUUUUUCAGAGAUGCCAUGGGUUUCUUACUGAUGUUUGAUCUUACCAGUCAACAGAGCUUCUUAAAUGUCAGGAACUGGAUGAGCCAACUGCAAGCAAAUGCUUAUUGUGAAAAUCCAGAUAUAGUAUUAAUUGGCAACAAGGCAGACCUGCCAGACCAAAGGGAAGUCAACGAACGGCAAGCCCGGGACCUGGCUGACAAAUACGGCAUACCGUAUUUCGAAACAAGUGCAGCGACCGGCCAGAACGUGGAGAAAGCCGUGGAAACCCUCCUGGACUUGAUAAUGAAGCGAAUGGAACAGUGUGUAGAGAAGACGCAAGUCCCCGAGGCGGCCAAUGGGACCUCGGGGAAGCUGGACGGGGAGAGUCCGGCAGGGAAGAAGUGCGCCUGCUAGACUCCGACAGGAACUCGGCACCAAGAUCCCCGCCCAACUGUGACUUCCCCCCACGGCGACAAACCACGCAUAACGGCAUGUCUUUCUUUUUCUGUCAGAAAAUCUAUUUUCAGAAACCCGAAGGGUCAACAGUAUCCAAAAGAAUUGACCAGUUGUUCCUGAGGCCCUUCGAACAAGAUAAAAGAUUUCCCAGUGUGACCUCAGCCGUCAAGGAGGCCCAGUUUCUCAUACAGAAGACAAGUGCAUAAGAUGAAAUAACUGAGUUUUCCAUCAGAACAGAAAUCACCCUGUCCACAUUGGAGAAAGGGAUAGGCUACCAAAAAGAGAACAUAGGAAGGUGAUUUUUUUUUUUUUUUUUUAAGGAUUGGGUUUACUUCUUAUGUAGAAUCUGAUUAUUACUUUUAGAUUUGCUUUGGGGGAACAGUUACAAAUGGAUACACAAUCAAGAAUUGUAAGUGGAUCAUUGAGAAUGACAUUACUCUGUACAUCCAAUAAGCUGUACUAGAAUGACUAAAUUAGUGAUGGGGUUGUAAGAGGAUACAUGUCAGACUUCUGCUGAAAUGUAGGAGGUGGUGUAAUAAUGCCAUGUUCAUAUUCUUAAUAAAUGGCAGAUAGACAAGAACAAGAUUGUGAAUGACAGCACACAAGAGAAAUGCCUGGGGGGAAAAUGAACAUAUGGGAGCCCAGCACUGGGACAAGGGACAUGGAAUGUAUCUGCUACAGAUGUCUGGGGAGUCACUUAGCUAACGUUCACUCCGGCCAAUUAGAAGUUGACAUUAUCAGUUGGGAUUAAGAGACGACCCAGAGGUUUCUAUUUUAAGUGAAAUUUUAGAAAUAGAUUCAGGGUUUGGCUUCACAUUUCAUUUUUCUUAGCAAGUGGUGAUAAAUAGUCCCAAGGACAAAUUGAAGAGGGCUGUUGAUUAAAUACCUCUUUCAAAAACACAGUCAAAAAGAACUAUUUCCCCUUAAUUUCUCUUAGAUAAACAUGCUGGCGAUGUGACACCAAGGGUGACAAUUAAUUGUGGGUUUCUUUUCAGUUUACAAAGGCACUGGACACUCUAAACCACAUGUUCCCCCUGUAACCCAGAACUGCCCCUGGCUUUGAAUCAGUUGUGAAAAUACAUGUAUGCCACUUUGUAGACAAGCAACUUCCGAAUAAUCAUGGAUCAAUUUUAUGGUCAUUCUGAUGAUGUCAUUAACCACAUAAAAAUUGAUGAUAGCUCAUGCCAUAUUACAAUAUAUUUAGCAUUUGUUUUUAUUUUUCCUAAGGCAAAAUAUAGUUGGGGGUUAGGUAGGAAUGAAACUGUAUCUUAUUUCACCAAAAAUUGGUUAAUUACUUUAUUUUUCACAAGAAGCUGCUUUUUCUUUCCAAAGAUGAUUCUCAAAAGUAUUUUCCAUUGGCCUGUUCUUAGCGUUGUGUCUAAACUAACAUAAUCAACUCCUAUUAAGCCAUUAUUGAACUAUUUCAGUGAAUUUUAUCAAUAAGAAAGGCAUUGCACUUCAAGUUUCCUCUUUUCAUUAUGAGUAUAUGAUUUUCCAGCAGAAUGGGUCCUCUUACUAUACCACUUUGCCAAUUAAACUUCAGUUUUCCAACUCAGUGCAUAUUUAUUGUGUUAAGUUACAGACACUGGGAACUCUAAACCCAGCUCCCCCACCCCCACCCCUUAACCUCUGCCUACCAACCUCCGUCUGGUACCAAAUGAGUUUUAGGAACACAGAUCCAAGGGAAUGUCGAUUUAUAAUGUUCUCAGUGUGGACCAGACCCAGAGAUGUGCCAAGAAUCAAAGCAAUCUGGAAGCUCUGAUGGGCUGGCCCCUUGUGAAGUGCGCGGUGUGUACUGCCCAGUUCUUUCUUCUGCAGCCCAAUGCCAGCUGCUAAGGUGGGUCACGCUUGGGUGUUCCCUCCAAUGGUGUUUUUCUCCAUGAUGCUCUCCAUGACGCCAGGACCUGCACCAUGAGGAUGGAAAGCUAUUAGCCAACUUGAAAGAUGAUUCUGUUGGAAGAAAAGUGAACAGAAACAAUUCAACUGUUGCUGUAGCAAAAUUUGGUGAACUUUUGAGGUCAUUAUAUCAAUUUUUUAUUUGAAUCCAAAUUGUGAUAUCCCCUGCAUUUCCGUAAUAGGGAGUGUUCAGCCUUUAUAAAAUACUAAAAGUAUUCUAUUUUGGAUAUGUCUUUUUGUUUCUUUUUAUUUUCCAGUUAUAUGAUUGAUUUACUUGUGCCAAGUGUCUGUCAUUGUCAGUUAUUUAAGAAGCAUUUAUUCCGGGUCUAUUUUAAGAUCGUCAUUUGAUAGUUGCAGUGUGAAGCAGAGGGUGAUGAUGCCCAUAAUUUUAGAACUCCGCCUGGAAAAGUAACUAUUAUUGGGUAAUCAUCUCAAGAACAUCCAAACUUAAAACAGUCAAGAAAAUUAAUUUAUAAUAGUAUUCUACUUAUAAAAACUUGAUCUAAAAAAUAUUUUCUGUCAAGUUUGACAGCUGACCCCAACCAAAUUCUAUGUAAACAUUAAUAGAAAUUCCUUUACUCGUUAUUUCAUAAUUAAUUAUUCUGUAUUAUCUAUUUUACAACCUUCAAUUGGUGGAGAGCCCUAAGUAUACAGACUUCUUUAAAGAAUUACAUUGUCCCUAUAACCCACAACAUGAUUUUUAAAGCUGAGUCCAGUUACUAAUUAUUUCCCAAAUGCUCUAGUCAACCAAAUUGUAUUUUGGAAAAUAUUUAAAGUGCACAUGAAAUUCCUUUCGGUAUAGAAACCAUUUCUGGGGUGUUUACUCUGCUUGAUGUUUACAUUCGCUAACAGUGCCUCGGAUACCUCUGGGACCAAAUUUGUCUCUAACCAUAAAGCUCAUUUCCUAGAGUGUCAUGUCAUAGGAAGGUCUCAAGGAGACAGUAACACAGCUAAAGGUCUCUGAUGUCUUCAGCAGAGGGUUCAAGGGCAUUAUGGGAAGCUGGAGAUCACAUCAUCACCGUCUGGUCUCCUAGCUCACUUCCCAUGGAGCGAGCAUUGCUUGAGGGUCUUAGCUGAUUAGGUUACCUUUCCAGGUUA